CUUUCUGGGUUUUUGAGAUUUUAUUGCCAACAAUUUGAUCGGCGUCCUUCUGAAUUAACUGGGUUCAGAUUGGUGGUAUCUUGAUUCCACGAUGGGAAAUGGGAAUUUUAGAACAUUUUCCUUUAUUUCUUUUUUUUUUUUGGUAGUCCAGCGGAGGGUUUAAGGAGGUUUAUCAUGGGUAAUGGUUUCUUUUUCUUCGCGAUCGUGGUGUCAGACAUAAUCAAUCCUUGGUAAAUGGCUUAUGUUCCUCCACACAAGCGGCACUCAGAUGAUUCAGGGAGACCAGCACCGACUCCAGAAUUGCUUGCUCCUCGUUUUAAAAGGAAUCUUAAUCUGAAGGCUUCUCAAUCUAGUACUGAUAAAAGUGGAAAGAUUAUAUAUGCCGAUCAUGCUGUCUCCAGAUGGUUUCCUGUUGGCCUGACCGAUGAUAACCAGAUUCCUUCAUCUGUUCAGCUUGAGCCAGUUUCAGUGGAAUUUAUUGAGCAAAAAAUAGGAGGAAAACCUCUUGCUUUAGUCAAUGGUCAUCUAGAUGAAGAGAAUAAUGACCCGAGAGUAGACAUAUUGAGAAGCCCAUGGGCAUCGAUAGCAGAAAAUGUGCUGCAAGACCUACUGUCUUCCUUUGAAGCCCUCAAAAAUCAAACAGAUUGCCAAAAGCUUGAUGAAGUAAAACCAACAUUGGUUGCUCGCUUUGGCAGAAUUCUUUUCCGUGGGGGCCCCUCAACAAACUUAUCAAAUAUCCAAAAGGCUCCAAUUUCUGAAACAACCGUGAAAAAGUUGAAGCGAUUGUUUUAUACAAAUAUUCCUAGUUCUUACAUGGAAAAUGUUUUAAGUGGAGUUUUCCGAAAUAUAGGAGAUUCUUGUGAGGAGAAGGAUAUAUACCAUGUGAAGCUGUCUGAUAAGAUACAACCGGAAGCAACUAUUUCAUGCAAAUGUAGCAUAAAGGAAGAUAACAAGCUCACUCUAUACAAGGUUGAGCUAAACCAAGUGCGUUACUUUGUCACGGACAUAUCAUGCCUCGGUAAGAAUUUAGACAUGAGGCUGAUGUUAUGCAGCAAGAGAAUCCUAACUGCUUUGACUGAUGAUGAGAUGAAUAGUAUUAAGCAACUGAUUGAUUCAGCAAUUCUCGAUCCAAAUGUGAAAGGUGGUUUGAGAUGGCCCCUGGGGAAGGCAUCUACUGGAGACAGAUUUAGUGUUUGUGGAGUUUGGCACACAAUAGCCAAGUCUUAUAGUAGUCCUACAAUGAGGCUCAAGGUAAGACAAGCUGAUCGGUUUGAUUUUAGGACCGGCAGUGGGGAAUAUACUAGGGAGAUUACUCUGAAGCUGAAAGGACUUGUUUCGAAAAUGCAGGAAGAGAAGGUCGAAGAAAGCACGAUCUCUGAUAUGCUCAAGGACAACUUGCGGUUGAUAUGGGACAAGUUCUUGUGCUGGGAGCCAGUUUUAACAGAAGGCCUUGCAAAUAUUCCCAACUCUGCAUGACAAGCAUUUGCAGAAAGAAGAAAGAAGAGGUGAGAAUGAGGUAAAGCAUGACUGGAAUUUGAAGGGUAUUUUGAUUAAAUGAUGUAAAAGAGUUGUAUGAGAGUGAGGUAAAGUAUGUCUUACAUAUAUAUAUAUAUAUAAAUAUAUAUAUGUAGUACUGAAGAAAAAGAUUUGAAGGUGUGAGGUUUGUGUUGUA